AUGAAGUUCUCGGCAGCUCUAGCAUUGGCGAUCGCGCCCCUGGCCCUGGCCAAGUCCGUCCACAAUGUCUACCCGGCGAAGCGAGAGGGCGGCAAGGAUAACACCAGCCAGAGGGAGGGUGAGAGCCGCGGCAACAGGAACAACAACAACAACAACAAUGGCCAGAUCGUCGCAGUGCCCGCCAUCGUACAGGCUGCAUCGACUCAAGUCAUCAUCAUCUGGGCCAACCCGGGUAACAACGCCGCCACAACCACCAUCGCCCAGCAGGUUACCGUAACACAAACCGUAACAGCUGGUGCGGUUCAGACGACUGUGGGAAGCGCAACUGUCCCCGCCGGUGCAACCAGUGUUGUAGCUGGAACUGGAGCAACACACUCGGUUGUCGUCGGUGGCCCAGGUGGUCUCGCCUUCACCCCUGCUGAGGUCAAGGCCGCUGUCGGUGACAUGGUUGUUUUCACGUUCAUGAGCAACAACCACACCGCCACGCAGUCUGCCUUCGCUACUCCCUGUGAUCCUCUGGCGGGAGGCAUGGACUCUGGCUUCCAGCCCAACGUCAACAACACCGUCAACCCCGCCCCGCAGGUCGCCAUGCAAGUCAUGACCACUGAGCCAUUGUGGUUCUACUGCAAGCAGGCUGGACACUGCGGUAAGGGAAUGACUCUGUCCAUCAACCCCACCGCCGAGAAGACGCAGGCCAUGUUCCAGGCUAUGGCCAUCGCCCAGAAGGGUACUGGCACCGGCAGCGCCAUCACUGGCAAUGGAACCGCUGCUGCCCCUGCUCCCCCGGCUGCCGCUCCUGCUGCUGGUAGCUCCGCCGCCCCCGCGGCAGGCGCCGGCACCAUCCAGCAGGGCAUGGGCACCUUGACUCCCGGCGCCGGCCAGUGCGUGUGUGCCGUCUCCUGCGGAGCUGGUGCCUUCCCGGCUGUCCAGGCCCAGGGUCUCGGCGCCUUCGGCGGCAUCCCUGGUGCUCUCCCCGCCAGCAUGGUCGAGGCAUAA